AACGGUGUAAUAUCUAGAACAUAAUCUGUGUCCUCUACUCUUAUCAGCUAGACAAAAUAAAUCUACACGUGUAACAACCUGUUACUUAUCUACACACUUGGUAGCAGACAUAUACGCACCAUGAAGUUGUUGAGAACGAUUGUCCUCUGCGUUCUGGUGUGUCACGUGACGGCCUGGAUCAACCAGUACGAUCAGGAGUUCAACUUCACAUGUCCUCCUGAUACAUCCUUGAUCCACGUGAUCAGUAGCCAUGACAACCACUUUGAGGACCGAGUGUGGGAUUUCAAAUGUGGAGCUCCACCGAAGACCGGUCUCAACAUGUCCGUGUGUGACUGGACAGACUACGAAAAUGAAUUUGAUCAACCUUUGACUUUCCAAUGUGCAAAUGAUGGCCUCAUAGCGGGAAUCAGUAGUAUCCAUGACAACCGUUAUGAAGACCGUCGCUUCAAGUUCUAUUGCUGCAAAGUAACAGACUACAUAACUGGGUCCUGUUACUUCACGCCCUACGUCAACAACUUCGACGAACACAUGGACUACGUUGUGCCUUCUGGGAAAGUCAUGCACGGCAUCGACAGCUACCACGAGAACAAGGAAGAAGACCGACGUUUCAAGUUCGAGAUCUGUGACCUUGUUGGUUAUGAAAAGUCGACAUAGAUGCAACAGAUGAAUUUCCACAGCAAUAAAACUUGAAAUGUUCA